AUGGGAUUGAACAGAGUUUGCAACAUGUUUUCCCAAAGAACAUUGAUUUUUAUGCUCCUUGCCGUCUUUAUGGUUGAGAACUGCUCUGCAUUCACCACGGUCUUUUCUAGACGCAACAGAAUUGACAACAUAAAUGCGUUGACCAUGGAGCAAAAGGCAAAAAUUUUGAAUUUAGCUGAUUACAAAAAGGGAGUACUACACCGAGACUGCAGGGCAUUGAACCGUCUUCAAGAUAAGCCCAGUGGUAUCUAUGUUAUUAAACCCAGUGGAAGUGUCCCUUUCGUGGUCUACUGUGACAUGGACACCGAAGGUGGUGGAUGGGUGGUGCUGCAACGUGUCUCGAAGCAAAGUAAUAUUCAAUUUGCAAAUCAUUGGUCUACUUACAAGCAUACUUUUGGUGACGUGGAAGAUGACUACUGGCUGGGAAAUGAAUACAUUCAUCUUAUCACACAACAUGUCCAUUAUGAAGUGAAAUUUGUCAUUGUGAGCAAAUCUGAGAGAGUAGAGGUUAAUUAUACCAGCUUUACCGUUGAAGAUGAAAAUAAUAAGUACAAACUGAGGCUGGGCGCUCCCAUCGGUGGUUCUGUGUCUUAUGAUAUUUUGAGUAAUGCCAGUAAAGAUGAGUGUAGUGAUAAUAUGAUGUUUUCUACCAGCGAUCAGGAUAACGAUAGAGAUGUAACAAGGAAUUGUGCAGCUGAAUUUGGAGGGGGUUGGUGGUUCAAUAAGUGCUCGUCUGUAAUUUUCAAUGACAAACAAAUUCGCUGGCCGGGCAUUUGUGAUGACUGUCUAAAUGCCACCAUUUUAAUCAGACCAUCCUUUGUAAAUUGCUUGUAA